GUCAAAUCUGUGGAAAGGAAAUCGAUGGGACUUUAAGUUUGACCAUUCUUACCUAAAAACCGUGAACCAAGAAGCUAUGUCAUCUAGUUCUGUCACAGUUGCUCCUCGGCACAGGACCGCCCAGUCCCCACCGCCCGGUCAGAAAUCAGCAGGGCAGUCUAAAAGCACUGAAACAGUAUUACUGAGGAACCCUCUACCAAAAUACAGCUUCGACCAAAAACCAAAGAAGAAAUCAACGGCUGAAAAAGCAGAUAGAACAGAAAAGAAAGACUCUGAGCAUGUGAUUGUUAAAACAUCUGAGCAGUUAACUGGAAAGGCAAGUUUGCGGGAUGUAAAAAAUGAAACUGACCUACAAGACUCCUUUAGAAUUGGAAAACUGGUGAAUUCAUUUCCACAACAGCCAGUAAAAACAGAGACUACUACUGACAACCCCAGGACUGAAAGUAAUGGUAAUGGGAAUGCAUCUUCUAUCAAAGACAAACCAGUCAACAAAGUUUGUCCACUAAGUAAAAACUCUGCAAAAUCACUUACCCACUCAGUAAGCGACUCACUACUUGGCUUACAGACCAACCAACCAUUAAUACCUCUAUCAACUUCUAGUCAAAACACACAGACAUUGUCAUCUGGCAACAAAACUGUUAUUCCCUUACCUGUUCACGAGGAAAGUCACAUGCUAACUGAGUCAGCAAAUCAUGUUCACAGUGAAACCAGUCCGGAUGAGGAGGGCUCAUUCACUGAGCUCGGGACAGAGAUCAACCAAUCAAGUGCAGGUGUUCAGGCUUGUUACAGGUGCUCAGAGAAAGUGAAUCACCUGCAGGAAGAGAAGCAGAUGCUCAAAAAUCAGCUUGAGGUCCAAUUGCAGGUGAAUCAGGAGUUGAAGAAAUUGUUGGUGGCAUCAGUAGGGGAGGACUUGCAGCACCGGGUGGAGAGACUCACCAGGGAUAAGGCGCUGAUGUCAGUUGAGCUUGGUGACUUUACCAGGAAGAUCAGUGAUGACUAUGAGCAUCUUGACCAGAUCUCCAUACAGGCAGAUAUGUGGCGUAGCAAGUACCUCGCAUGCAGGGUGAUGUCGGAUGAGGUGGCAGCCUCCAAGGCGUUCUAUGCCACACAGCUUCAUGAGUGUCAGAUUGCCAUUGAGAAACUGCUGAACGAGAGGCACCAGCUACGGGCAAAUCUUUACGAUACUUACAGAGGUUUACAGCAGGUACAAGAAGCCUUUGACCCGUUCAACUCUCAUAACUGUGGACCACGCCUUCUAGCAGGCGGAAACAACAUUCAACUUGCAUCUACAAAUCAGCACCUUACCGAGGCCAUCAAGUACCGCCUCCUGCCCAGUCAUGUGACCUCAACUAUAAAUAGUAACAUGGAUACAGACUGGCAUGAUUAUCUCACUCAGGCAGAAUCACAUGCAAAACAGCUCCUGUCCCGUGAGAUGCGGCCCGAGGAUUUCCGGUACCUCACGACCCAGACUUACCAGCUGCAAGCCCCCACUGGGUGUGCGGUGGACCGGUUCCACCCGUGUACCAACUUUGAUAACCUCACCAUGAAUGUGUGCUCAUGUCGGGUUUGAUCACCUCUUCCAACGUUUUUCCGGAUAUGGCCAUGUUCGCGCUGUCCGUGUCCAUCUCGCAGUAUUCGAAGUCCCGGCGGUCGACGUAGACGUCCAUAAAAUCGUAAUAAAACUCCAGCAUGCGAAGCUUAGCGUACUGGAGAAUAAAAUAUCCCAACUGAAUCGGCAAGUCCAGCUUUAUUUUUCGUUUGGACAUCUCAAUUUCAUAGUACUGUUCUUCUUGGUCUAAACACUCUAGUUUGCUGAAGCGAGGGUCGUUGACUUGCAGACAUGUUUCGUUUUCGCCUUGAACGUAUUGGACGCCGCUAUGCUUGGUUUUAUCCAUGAUUAGCGAGCCGUAGCUGGAGUUACCUAUCACUUACUGGUCUCGGCGAUAAUGGCCGUGUCUGGAUCCGCGUCCCCCUGUCGUCGUGCCUCACUCACCUCGCGCUCAAACUCUUUAAAACAACGUUGCUCCUGAAACUCGACCACCUGAUAUAUUUUGCUCACUACGAGACCGUGGUUGAUGUACCAUCGUAACAGCGGCGUGGCUAGCAACAUUUGUUUGGCCUUCAUGCCGCCUACUAGCAAUCGUCGGGGUUUGUCAGACAGUUGAUGUUAAACUUGAAUGAGAUACAACGUACAACAGAUAACUAACUAACAGCGGUGAACGAUAGUAAAGCUACCAGCGUGGUCAUGUUAACACUUCAUUGCUCAGGAAUUUACAUACGUGAGAACUAGGCUAAAACUCAUUCAUAGUAUUGUUGGUGGUGUUUAUUAUUGUAUUGAGGUCAAAUGAGGUGUAACCUGUUUCUGUUUUACGCGCUUAGAAUAUUAUAUCGACCUACAUUUUAACGUUCGGUUCUCGGCUUACUAUAUGUAAUAUAGUAUCGUCAUCGGUAGUCAAACAGCGAACGGUCCUUGAAAAUAGGUCACCUAAAAUGUAAACAAAUAGCUAAAUCGUUAUUUUAACACUGAAAUGGAGUGAAAUAGUGGUUUAUAAAAUAGUGUUCUUCGAUCGGAUUCAAUUAAGUAAAGUCUCGCUUACUCAGAAAGCGAGCAAACUUGGGUAAAUUGGUUACGGAUUUGUGACAAAAUAAACGUUUCAACAGAACGUAAAAGUGCACCUUAUUUCGGAUAUCACAGACCAUUGGCGCCAAUUCAGUUUUGCGUGCUUUGGAAUUAAAGAAAUGAACAAAAUAUUAGUAUUUAAUAAUUAAAACAGUUACCUUUGGCUGGGUGUAUACUCCUCGGGUUUUUUAUCCUUACUGAUAAUAUAUAUUAUAUUAUAAUUUCAAACUAGAUGGAUGGCCCAGAGACAUUAUCACUGCUCAAUUUCAUUUCGACUGUUAAUAAUUAUAUUCCACAUUCUGAAAAAUUCGUUACAACCACAUUGGAUUAACAAGGUCUAUAUUAUUUGUGCGUUUCUUCUCGGAACAUAACAAACAAGUUUCAACAGAUAAAUAUUUCACACAAACGUUGCAUACACGAAAACAAUGAAGACAUUGUUUACAUCCGAUUAUCUCGUCUAUUUGUCUUGGAAUUUUAUCACAAUUAUCACAAAUCCGACAUUUAAUUGACUUUCCGAGUGACAAAUAUUUUGCUUUCGAGAAGGGUAGUUUCAUUUUGUUUAAAAAGUAUACCGUCGACCGGUAUUAUAUAGUAGUAAAUAUUUCACAUCAGAACCAGUCACUGUUAUUAUAGUUUCGUGUAAUAAGUUUACAAGCUCUAUAAUAUUAUCAACUCGGGUAUAAAAGAGCAUCAUAGGUAUAAAACAUUAAGAUAAUUAGGACAUAGAAUUCAUAAAUGUGUUCAACUGUCUUCGCACGAAGUUUCUAGCGAUUUGUCUGUCUUGGCAAACGCCAGCUUCAGUCACAUCUUGAAAAGACCCUGUCCUUAAAAUCCUGUGUAUUUCAUCAUGAUUAAAUAGUUGCGUGAUGUGUGGUCUCAUUAUGCUUAAUCCAUGAUAAAAAUCGAACCAAUGAUUCCAGUUUCUUUUCGCUCGCAGAGAAUUUGAUCGAUCGAGUAAAGUUGAUGGGAAAUAUCCAGCGGGUGGAAUAAUCGCCCUUACAUCAGAAAUGUCCGGCUAAAAACAAAUUGAAAACUGGAACAGUUGAAAACGUUAAUGGCAAUGCAGUUGAGACUGGUGGUGGUAAAUCCCAAUUAAAAUUUUUCAUACAAAAAGGACAUCUUUUUAAUUGUGAGAAACAAUCCUGACACACUAAGUUAGUGCAUUGACAAGUAUUUAUAAAAUAAAAUUUGACGUCCUUAUAACAAAUUCCGCACUCUUCUCCCCAUAAUUCUUGAAACAUAUUUUAUCAUAAUUUUUUUAACUGAAGCACCGUAGACAAAACAAAUAACAACAUCAAAAAAGAAGUUAAUCCAAUAUAAAAUUACGAUUUUUUUAAUGAUCAACACUGCGAAAUCGGCCGGGUUAAAUAGCGUCUUGGCCACCCUCGAACGGCGGUUGGAAUGUUAACACUGUCAUAACAAAACUAUUAAAUUUGAUGGAUCGGGUCGUUUACCUAAUUUAUAUUGCUCGAGGACACGUUUCGCCAUCCUAAUUUGAUCGAUGUACUUGUUUACGCUAUUUAGUGGUCACCGACCUAACGGGGUCACAGACCUGACGGGGUCACCGACCUGACGGGUCACCGACCUGACGUUCAGCGUACUUAGAGAUACAACCGAAAGAUAGGCAACCAAAACAUAUGCUUAUUAUGCUCUAACUAUUACGACUAUUAAAGCAUAAACCACUGCCCUAUAGUUGAAAGGUCAUUUUGGAAGAACUGUCAUGGCGGACGGUGCAAUUUUUAGAGUUUGUUUUUCAAGUGGAGUGAUUUUUCUUAGGAAUAACUUGACCCCCCUUUUUUAUUGGCUUAAAAUGUAAUUUAAAGCUUGUACUUUAAGAAUAUAUGUGGUUAUCAUAGCCUGCAUUCGCUCGAAAUGCCUUUAAAUGUUGUCUAAAAAUUAUAAUUUUACAUUUAAUUAUAUAUAUGGAAAAACAAUGGUGGUGUGUAACCUUCAACCCGAAAAGAAACCAGAAGUUCCUAUGCCGCAAAGGAUUAUGGUAUAUUGAAAAGUUGCUAUCAAGGAAUAAAACGGAAGUAUUCCACAAAAUAUAAACAAUUCAAGGGAGGUAACACGAAUUAACUGUUCAAUCAGUCUGAAGGGAUUUUCACCCUUACGUCAUAUGCGAUUUAAUUUUUAAAUUUCGAUACCCCCCCAUCAGAAGCAAAUUUCACAAUUUGGCAACCACCUACAGGUGCAAAUUAGUGAAAACGACUCCCUACCAUAUAUGAUGAAAAAAAUUGCCGUCCCCCCACUUGAUUCCACUUCUGCUGCCCGGAUGGUAUUUAACAUCCCGUUGUUCACUAGGACUUGGAACAGAACACUGUCCUGCUUUUAGCAGGGUGGAGGUAGUGAAUGUAAAUUACCAGCUGGCUGUGCGUGGCGAUGUCAGUCGUCUUGUUGAUCAUUACUGAGUAGAGGGGUGACUGUUUCACAUCAUCAAUAAUGUUCCUUAAUAUAACGUUCCAAAACAUAACCACUGUUUUGUUGAUAAAGUCAUUACUAGUAUACUUUGCGUUCUCACCUUGACACAGCAUCUUCAGAAUAUCAAGACGUAGGCCCUUGAUAGUAGCAACCAGGGACUCAAAUUUUAUGUUGUUUGGACUCUCAUCCUCCACUAGCCAGUACAUAAGAGUCAUGGCGUCUUGCAUUGCUUCUCUGUAAACGUCCCAUUCACACACGAAUCUGGCCUGAAUGCCACCGGCAGUUGUUGCUGCAGUAGCUUUCAACCAUGUCAAAAGCUGACUUGGAACGGGUCAAAAGUUUAUCGGUACUUAAUAAUAAAAAACAAAAUAGUACAUAUCUGGUCUGUUUGUUUGUACGUCGGACAUUUCACUCGUACUUUCUUUUAUAAUUAUUUGCUGACUUUUCAGCACGCUUCAACUGCCCAGCCUCAAGUUUAAUAUCUCAGCUGGAACAUUUAUUCUAACUUACAAUCACAUUCAACUUGUAAUAGUUUUUCUUUAAAUUGCUGGUCCGUCUGAUGUAAUUCACAGAUUAUGGCUUUCAGACUAGAGACUUUAUUUAUUUUAGAAAAAUCUUUAGAAAUGAAUCACAUAUUAACUGUUUGUGUUAUAAAAGAUUAAUCACUUCUUGGUUAGCCUUAACCAUGUCAAAAGCUAACUUGAACGUGUGAAAAGUUUGUCAGUACUUGAAAAAAACAAUAUAUAUCAUCUAUCAAUGUACCCCAUUAAGACUAGAUUAUGAGGACUUAAAUUUCACAUGAUAUAUUUUAAUUCAAUCUCAUUUCUCAAUAUCUUCAAUCAACAGUUUCAAAACUGCACGAAACCAGAUGUUUUGUGACCCUCAAAUUGUUGUUGUACAAUUGCCUGUUGCAAUAAUCCCAGAACCUGUUAAUAAGCCUUUGGAUACUCUAAGUCUGUAAGAUAAUACACUCCCAGCAUUAUCAGCAUGGCCUCGGCUGUGUCCGCUGUAUCCAGGGGAUUGUAAGAUAGUGUCACACACAAUAGCCAUGUUCACGAUUUUUUCCUCUUUACUGAUGGCAAUCAACCUUGGUGUAGACAUUUGGGAUGAAGAAAGUAGUCGCUCCAUAUUCUCACCUUCAAGCUGAAAUAAACAUUAAUAAAUUAACCAUGCUGGACUAUAUGGUAUUUCUGGCCAAGAAGAAACCUAUGUCAGUAGAUAAACAAGGAGUUCCAACAUCGAAGAAUUUUAUGUUCUAUUGUUUCCGGAGUAAUGGACAACCUGGUUUCACUAUGUAUGGAAAUAAUAACAACAUGUGUUUGAAUUGAAUUAACCCUUUACUUCAUAGAUACGCAAUUUUACUUAUCUAUCCAUAGCUUCAUAGAUACGGAUCUUAACGUUUUAUCCAUAGCUUCAUAGAUACGUAAUCCUACGUAUUCGUAAUGUAGGGGCAUUUAUUUUCAUACCUGAUACUUGUUUAUGCGCUAUAAAUUCAUAUUCAUGAAGUAUAAACAUCGAUAAAUACAAUGCACUAAAAAAAACACUAUGUUACUAUUUAAAGAAUUUCGGAAAAUCGCGAAAUAAGGUCACUGGUAUCAAAGAUGCGUAAAACGUUGACUGCGCAGGUUUGUGGGCAUUUCUGUCUCGUUUUCCUCGUGGAAAUUUACACAAUACUGCAAGUUAUAAUUAACUACCAAUAAUACAACUAUAUUUUAUUGAUCACGCGCCUGACGUCACAGGUCAUGGUUCGAAAACGUGUCAAAAUGUCGGCCAUGUUGGAUAAACAAAAAAUCAUCUGGCUUGUAUAAACAAAGGCCAUAAAUCAUUAUAUGGGACAUAUGUGUCACUUCUGUUUCGCUAAUCCGGUCAUAAAAAUGCGCAUCUGCUUCUACAAAUUGAAAGUAAGUACAAAUGUGUUAUAAAAUAAUGACUAUCCCUAUUGUUAAACUUUGACAUGACCCAAUUUAACAUCGAUCAGCUGUUGAAACACGUGUUUUCGAAUACACAAGAAUGCAAUGUAGAGCUAAUUUCUGCCCUUGUUAACUUCAGUUUAAAACAACAUUCCUGAAUAAUGUCAUUUAUAUUUCAGUGUUUGUCUGACGAAUCGGAACAUUCUGGCUUCAAUUAAAAUGAGUUUGAGACAUUGCGUACGACGUCGAGAAUUCAGACCUCGGCGUCACGCACACAAGGAUACGAGAAAUGAGGAUUUUUAAAAUCAAACCCAAAUGACAAUACAUGGACAUGCAAUAAACGAUAUAAAUUUAGUAAACAAUAACAUGCAGGCCUCAUUUAGUAGUUGAAUAAUAACUUUAUUUGUUCAUUGUAGUGUUAAAUAACCGAAAGUUAUACGUACUGUGACUGUUGAUCAACUUUUUUUUUCUUCUGUAUCAUAUAUAUAAAUAUACCGUGCUUCUUUGUUGUGAACUAUUUUUUAAUUCUGUCCAUCUUUGUUUCAAUUCAGGUUGCAUUAAAUGAAUUAUAAAAAUAUGUUGUUUAUAUAAUAUUUCGUGUUGUGUUUGAUAAAUAAAAGUGUAAUAAAAAUUAAUUUUCAUCAAAUUUGACAUAUUUUUCUGUUUGUUUAUGAAUAUCAUGCGGAAAUAAUUUAGAUAACAAAAUAAAAUUUAUAUGACUGGAUUGGAAAUUUAAUUCUCUAUAAACUUUACAUUGAUGACUUAUUGAUUAAACCAAAAGAAAUACUAAGAAAAUAGGUUUGUAAUACAUUAGGGUUAAAAUUCCAAUAAUAUCAAUAAUCUCCUAUGAAGUAGGGGUACUGAUAUGAACUGAUAAGCCAUGAACUGGCAGCCUGAAAUGGCUUAGGUUUACAUGAAGUAAAGGGUUAAGGGCAUUUAUUCUAGAGUGCCAUAAGUUUAAAGUUAUUUUUCCAUAUCUGGACAGCUAAUAAACCGCCACAAGGAACGCUGCCAGAUUGAAUAUCCAACAGGUAUUCUUAAGAAACCGAUUUUGUUGCCAUUGAAAUUGCUUGGGUUGUCCAGCGGAGGGACUCGGGCCUGAUGGAAAGGACCGGUUUGACCUGUCAGAUGAGCUUGGGUUGUGACCAUUACCCAAAACUCUGUGUAACCUAUCCCAAGGAAUGACCUGAUGUUCUCAUAACAGACCAUGUUUUUGGGCAAGGUCCCUGACAAUUUCAGCAUAUUUCAUUAAUGCAGGGGUUAUAUGAGGGUAAUGUGUGGCAUAUAUGGCUACAAAAUGGUGAAAAUAGAUAGAUGUGAUCUUCUUAGGCCUAUGAGAUGGAACAAGACUGACUUGUGAAAACCUAUCAAAUUGUAAGGUGAAUUUGCUGUUGGACCACAAUGUUGGAGUGGCAAUAACAACGCAAAGUCAACAAAUCUAUUUUGUAUAAUCUUCCUCUGGAUGGACUUUUUUUACUUGCACAACAAUCGGUGUAGAAAUAGGAUUCACAAAUUGGAGGCCAUUACUAAUGUCCUGAGCGUGGUGGGCUAUGGGACCAUCCAAAGUACAAUCUUCUUCGGAAGACAGAUCACUACCAGAAUCAUCGCUGUCAUCCCAGGAUAUUGACACGAAAUUGUUGAGUGGUAUGGGGUGGACAGCAGGUGCCUCAGGAUCCAUUUGCCCAUGUGUACUACCUUCCAGGUGCUCCACAUGAUUUGUAUGGGAAACACUGGACUGGCCACUACCGGUAGUGUUGGCGCGCCUGUGACCCACGGUUUUUCUUGUGGCAACCUCAUGGGAAAUCUGCUGUCGGGAUUUCUUUCGAGGUGGCACCUCAACUGGAUGGCCACUUGUACUUGUGGCUGACUUGUUAGUUGGAGCAGGUGAAGCAUGGCAGCACGAACAUGAUGCCUUAGUUGACGAAGCUGACUGCUUCGGCCUCAUCGUAUAAAAUAAAUCCAAUAAGCGGUAGAAAAAUGUGCAAAAAUAACGGAAAUCUUUCCAAACAUUUUAGCGUGGUUCCGCUUUGAAUCUGAACAAAGAGUGAUGAAAUAGGAGUGCCUUGAUUGGCUGAUAUUAGUCACAUGGUUUAAAGUUUCGGUCACAUGAUUUAAGACGAUAAGACAAUUGGCUCUGACGUCAUUGGUCUAAAUAUACAUCUAAUUAAUAUCAAACAAAGACAUAAAUACUUUCAUAUGUUUAUAAAAUUCAUAAAUGUGCCAAUGAUGAUUGACAACAUCCAAUAAUGUACCAUGGUAUUCCCCUGGUUUGCUUAAUAAUUAAAGGGAAGAGACCUGUUAACGGAUGAAUGAUAUUCAUCCAUAUACAAAACAAUUUUUUUAGCAUUUAACCUGUAACUGAAUACUAUGCAUACUGACUACGAAAUAGGACAAAAUGGAUGCUUUGGGCUAUGGGGCAUAAGUAGGUUAUACUGCACACUGCAAAUAAGCAGCUUAUCCUGGUAUAACAUACCUUAACUAUCUGAACUAUAGACCUCGUCAUUUGGCCCUUUCCUGAUCUGUAGCCUGUUUCGGUCUCCAAGGCUUUAAGCACUGCCAAAUUAGUAUCAUCCUGAAAGGCAAAAAGGGCUGCUUGUAUGUAUAUGAUGAGUGGUAAAUCUUUUAUUUGGAUGUUCUAAAUUCAAGAUGAUCUACCUAAAUUGUCUAACCCUUUUUCACUCUUAAAAUUGUCUGUUAAUGUGCUGUUCCGUCUGACGUAUUUCAUGGAUUUCGGCUUUCAGACUAGAAAUUUGAUUUAUUUUAGAAAAACUCGCAUAUUUACUGUAAUGUUCUAAAAGAUUAAUGAUUCUUGGUUAGCCUUAACCAUAAGCAUGUCAAAAGCUGACUUGAACUGUUAAAUGUUUGUCAGUACUACAUAAAUAAUACAUAUCUUGUCUGUUUGUUUGUACAUCGAACAAUUCUCUCAUACUAUAUUUUAUAAGUGUUUGCUGACUUUUCAGCAUGCUUUAAGUGCCCAACUGCAAUUUAAAUAUCACAGCUGGAUCAAACUUUUUUUUAUUUACAAGCACAUUAAACUCGUUGUAGUUUUUCUUUUAAUUGCUGUUCUGUCUGACCACAACUUGGUGACCGAAAUUUUCCAUGGCUUCAAAAUGCGUGUUAUGACAUGUCAAUUGGCAGAUUGGUCAUUUAUUCUAAAUUCUAUUUAAUUUUAGGUCUGAACAAGAGGAAGUAAGAUUCUUUCAAUAAAUAUUGGAUCAUCGUCAUCAAAGAAUUUUAAAUAAAAAAUACGUAGAAAUAAAGAAAAUAUAUGUCUAAUGAACAAGGAUUCUAAUGUCCGAUGGAGUCAUUUGUAUCCUUUUAUAAGAUCAGGUAAAAUUAAUAUAUGUAACAUCCCAUGUAUUCAUAGUGUCACUUUUUAGAUUUAUAGUAAUUUCAAAAAAAGAGACCAUUCUUGUUUUAUAAUGUAGACCACAUAUUUGCAUAUCUACCGACAUCAAAAUGUCUUACUAUGCAGUCUUACUAUGGUCUAAAGCAUGCACAGAUAAUCAUUAAUUACACCUUAAAUGCAAUAGAGAUGAUGUAGUUCACACACAGAACAUAUUUUCAAUUAGAGAGACAUUUCUGAACUCAUAUACAGCACAUUUCCAAACAGCGGUUAAUACGCUUGCAGUGUGUCAGUAAGAUGAGCGUAAAGGACAAAAUUUUCUUUUAAUCUUUAAUUCUAGACUAGUACAAGUUCAAGUUACUUCCCUCUCACGGAUUUUACCUUAACCUAGGUUUUCGCUUGUAUCAGCGAAAGUUAUGACUGACAGCAAACCAAGUAUUCACGCAUCUCAUAACAAUUGACCUUUUAUUUUGCUAUAAGGAAAUGUAAACUGCAUGAUCUUCAGCCAAUUUCAAACCAGUCUUAGAGCAGGAAAAGUUUAUACUUGAUCUACCCGGUACUUUUCACUUUUACGACUGACCAGCGUUCGCUAAGCUGUACGAUAAGGUUGUCCAAAAAAGCAUGUGCUUGUUCAAUUUCUUUUCAUUAGGUUUUUUGGUCAAAGAAGAUAGUUCUUUUUCACUUUCUGAUGUAUUUGCUCUAACUAGAAAAUCAUUGAAUUCUUGAUAAAUGAUAGCGUUAGCAUUGCAUGAUUUUAACAGUUCUUUCUUUCUUGAGGUGAUUUCCUUCAAGUCAGUUUUAUUUACUUUACCCCAGGGCUCGAAUUUAAACUUUUUACCUACUUGCAAUUUUUCGCAAGUGGGUAAAUUUUCAACUCGCAUUUACAUAGAGUUACUUGCUUUUUUCCAAAGUAUUAAAUUAGGUUAAUUAAGCAUGCUAUGCCAUAUAAUAAAUAUAGUAACAAAUGUCAAUACAAAUGUAUUACGAUUUAUUAGUCUGCUAGUUUCUUCAUUUUUAUCAGUUCUGAAAGUGCUAACAGUGCGUUUUAGAAAUUUGUCCAUUCUGACAGUAACAAAUGAUUUAUAUCUGCAGACGACACAUUCGGGAAAACCCGAAAGGGUAUCGAACGCACACACAAAAGUGGUUUCUUUCCUUUGCUGUACUUCUCUGCUGGUCAAGGGAGAUCACUGCAUUGGAAUUUUGUGUACUACAAAUGUGUACUAUGUCAUCAAAAUUGGCACUCGCAAUCAGUGUCUGUGUCUCAAAAGCGUUUAAUGCUUUUCUGUUAUGCAUCGUAAAGCGUCUAAGCGACAUGAUAUUCGUUGCAUACUCAUUAGCGUUUGUUCUCUGGUAUUUUGUUUUGAAAUAUGGGACUCGCGAAUUUUAGCAAGUAGAUUUUUUAUCAGGUCGCUAUCGGCAAAACUGACUCGCAUUUAGCGAGUAAUUGCGAGCUUAAAUUCGAGCCCUGUUGGUAACCCUGUACAAUAGAUGUAAACAAGACUGGAAUGUAACAUAAAUGAGUAAGCUUAUGGAAUUUAACAAUGGUUCCAUUAAGCCUCAAAUUACUAACGUGAAAUAAUGUGUAAAAUUGAUGUACUUUGUGACCUUGAGCGAAUAGGAAGUAUUUUGUGACCUUGAGCGAAUAGGAAGAGCAUAAAUUAAUGAUAACAACAAGAUUGCUGAGGCAGUGUUACAUUACAAUGGAGUUUACAUGCAAUAAGCGAAUAAUAGUGGGUAAAACAAAUAGUGAUAUAAGUAUAGUAAACCAAUAAGCCUUACUGUUGAUGCUUAUAAUGAUGAAUUAACUUAUUAGUCAGUCAACACAUAGAAAAUAGUAAAACUUCUGUGAAACUUACAUAAAAUGUCAUCGGGUUGGGUAAUGCAAUAAGAUGUUUUCAUGUCUGUAAAGUUUGUGCGACCCCACCUGUGUUUCAAAGUAAUCGAGGAUAUUAUAUAUCACAGGUCCCAUUUCACUUCAUAAAUAUAAAUGAUUUGUAAAAUGUAACUGUAAGAACAUUUAAUUAAAGAACGCAAAUUAAUGUCCUGGCCUGGGGCUUAUCAACACCCCCAUCUUAAGAAGGCGAGCUCCUGCUGCCUUUAAUAUUAAAGACAACUUGACAGGAAAAGUAAACAAAGAACUCUUCGACCGGAGUGGUAUCUAAAUGUUACCAUAUAUAUAAAAUAGCAUUUAACACAAAUUUGAACAUUUUAAAUAACAGUUUUUACUCAGAAAGUUAGUUAUAAUUUAUUUUAUCUUUGGCUUUACCACCAUGCUUUUUGUGCUUUUCUCCAUUCUAUCCGCAUCCCAGAACGCUGUUAGCAAGUUGUUGGAUAUAUGAUUCACCCCCCGGUACAGUUUGUUUCUUAACAUGUCAACAGUGGUUUUGACCACAGGCAUCUGAAUCAUUGUUUGUCACUAAAAUGUUGUUUAAAACCAUUUUGGGUACAUACAAUGAGAUAAACAACACAUCUGAAGAUAUUUAGUGUCUUUGAUAUACAAAAAACUCAGAUGUUUCUGAUCAACCUCCAAAGAAGAGUAUUUGACCCAUCCAAGCUUGUGUGGCUCACAUUCAAGCCGGUACAAAGAUGUUAAAUGUACAUGUCAAUGACAUCAUCUGGGCGCUUGUGGGUAAAAUGGCCAGCUGCCUAAGAAAUUUAAAGAGGAUUUAGUUUAAAGACUGAUACAGUUGUUUCUAACAUUGUGAUGUUAGGGUUUUCGUGAUAUUAUGGAAUGGAAUUAAUUUAUCUGUACACUAAAGCAUAAAAUAACUUCAAUAGGUCUGUUUUUAGUACUGUUUACACAGGGAAAAUUGACGAUCUGAAUUUGCUGUACUCUUUCCGACUAAAGAAAAACAUGAGAAUUGGACAUUGAAUUAUGCUUGUUUGUCUAAAGACAAUAUAGUUACACCAACAUAUCGCACACCAUUUUAAAGGUAAUUGACUCUUCUUUCCAUGUCACUUAUUUAAAAAUGGAUUGUUUUUUAUGUUGGUUGAGAAAUUUGCAUAAAACUGGACUCUACCGUGAAAUCGGGUAAGUUUGAGUUACAUACCUUGUUUCUUUUUUGUAUAUCAAAGACACUAAAUAUCUUCAGAUGUGUUGUUUAUCUCAUUGUAUGUACCCAAAAUGGUUUUAAACAACAUUUUAGUGACAAACAAUGAUUCAGAUGCCUGUGGUUUUGACAGUUCGGAGGACGUUAGUGUUUUCCUGGAUUGCGGCCACAAUCAGUUGUUAAUACUGUCUCCGCAAGCUCAUUCAAUCAUGUUUUUGUGACAUUAAUUUUUUCAGCAGUUUCUUUUGCCACUUCAGUGAAGCAAAGGCUCAUAACUACACCUGAAUCUAAUGUCACUGAAGUGUCUGAAAUUUUCUCUUUCUUGCGAGUUGUUCUGUCACGACUUAUUCCAAUAAUCCAGCUUUCUCAAUCUUGUGAGCGAUGUAACGUUUUGCUAGGUAAUGUCCUUCAUCAAUUAUAUUUCUGAUUGUUGUUGCUGUUGGUAAAUCUGGGUUUUUUUUCAAAAUUAUAUGUGAAAACAAGUGUUGACUGACUGUUUCAAUUGCUCUUUAUUUUUUUACAUUCCCAACUCGAAUGCAAAAAGUUCCAUCACACUGUCUCACAUUGUUACUAAAUGACCCAUCACUUUUCUUUGUUAACACAUGAAAAUGUUGAUGAUGAUUUUAUUGUGUAUGCUUCGCUGCUCCUUCAUAUAGCUUUGGGGUUUUACCAGUAGACUCAAGCAGAUAGGAUGAUUCAAAUAUGGUUUUGCAACAACAGGUUAGCCUUCGUCUUAACAUCCCUCUGUACAAACCAUGGGGCAAGACUUUGAUUAAUUUUGGCACAUGUUGGAGCAGUGUGGCACACAGUCCCACAACAGUCCCACAAACGUAUACAAACAAAAAACAAAUACUUUAUGUAAAUACUUUAACAACACUGUAAAGUUCGAACAUACUGUUCCAUUCUGUCUGCAUUUUGACGGCACAUCCGGCACAUGCCCUGAUUAAACCUGUAGACUACCAGGUAUCAACAAUAACAAAUUUUUACAAUGUUACUCUGUGUCUAUUAAUUCUUACUAAUAGAGAUACAGAUUUGAUUAUAUAUCCUUCAUAAGAAUGGCAGCCGCCCAUGAGAAACAUCCGUUGGAUGAAGUUUUAACUAAAACAGAUAACCCCUAAUUCAUUCCUUAGAAUGUCCAUCACAGCCAUCAAUAACUUUACAAGGAUUGCUAAUCUAGUACAGCACUGUUCUUUUAGGGUGUCUGAAAUAUAUUUACCCUGAUAAAUAAUUCUUGAAGUUUGAUUAAUGACAUUUGAAAAAUAUUCUUCCCUGUAAUGGCGUCGGUACUUGACGGAGAUGGGCUAAAUGACUCGUGGCCACCUUUAGGGGUGAACAUUACUCCUAUGUGACAUAUCCACUUAUAAAGUGAGGUAUGAUACAAUGACGUUAUCGAUCAAUUAAUCCAUGGUGUCCCACAUGUAGUCUUAUAUUUUUUUUAAAUUGUCAAACCUAUGUUCAUUACUGAUUUUGGAUUUGAGUAUCAUAUUCUUUCACCAUUAUUCAUUUACUUUAUCACCUUUAUUGGGGUUUUCUGUUAUACAUUGUACAUGUUCUGUAUAACAUUUUUGAGUACAUGACACAUUUUUUAUCAUUGGAAUAUAAUUUAUAAUGUAUGUAAACUUAGUAUAUAAGUGUUCGCAUAAUCAUAAUCACUUGUAAUUUGGGUUGUUUUUUUAGAAUCUAUAUAUUUAUAUUUUUGAUUCUGAUUAGAUUUAUGUUAAUAUUUUUCCAGCUAAUAUCAAAAUGAUUUCUGGUUACAAAAAGUAUAUGCCAUACAAUUUUAGUUUACUUUUAUAAUCUACACUUACAAGUCCUUUGUACAAUUGCAAUUGUUAAAAAAAAAUGUGACUUACUCUGUAAACUAAUUGCAAGGAAAUUAAAUAGUUAUAAUAAAUGUUGUGCUUUUAUCCUCCAAAUAUUGGAAUUGUCAUAAUAGUUAAAUUUGCUUUACCUAUUUUUUAUUUGGAUUUCACCUUAACACAAUAUGUGUGGACAUUUCUUGAGCACUUAAAUUAUUUGUUUUAUUAGUUUACUGAAGUGCACACUUUAAAAAGUCUGUUAUUCAACAUUCCUGUGUAAUAGUGUGUACUUUUUAAAUGUAUAUUUUCAUUUAUAUCUUUAUCUAUUUAAAUACAAUGUUGUGGACUAUUAGUUAUAUGCCAUUUACAGGUAUGUUUGUAAAUAUUUUGAAUUUUAUAAUAAGUUGUGCAUGCUUACAUCGAAAUGAAGUUUAUGUGUAUGUUCAAUUAUGUUAUGUAAAUUAUAGUUUGACUUUCAGUUAAAUUCAGUCUCAUAGCUAGUUUAAAACUUACAUUGAGAUUUUUUAUGGAGAAUUUUUAUUCGAGAUUGAUUGUUAUUAUGUGUAACAUGUGUAUGAAUCAACUUGAUUAAAGAUAAGACUUUCUAAUUGUAUGGUUUUGUUAUAUGCUGAAUGUAUUAUGAUAUUAUUGUUGGUUCUGGUUAACUAUACUCUAGGAUUAAAUCAAGAGAAAUUGC